AUGGCGAGAGUCUUUCUGGUGUGUCUUCUGUCCGUGGCAGUGGUGGGAUUCACCUCGGCAGUCCCUGCCAUCCAGGACGGACCCCGGCGACUGGACAACUCCGUGGAGACGAUGAGGUCAGCCUGCAAUGAUGACAGUGAUGCGUUCUCCUGCCUAAAGUUCAAAGUCAUCAACUUCCUGGAUUCGCUCUUCAAGAAGGAUCGCUUCGAAAUCACGAGCGAAGUUGAGGUGCAGCGAAAUGGUGUUGGAAAUGACUUCACUGGUCGAUCCAGCGACUCUCUCAUGGACAAAAUGGAGCAAUUUGUGCGCCAACACGAUGUUACAGUGAAGAUCCCAGGAUCUGACGCCAAAGUAACCCUCUCAGGCCGUGAUCUCGACUCCAACGACUUCUCCCUGAAAGUCAAGCUGCAGGAUAGUCAGAAGAGCGUUGGAGAAUCUCGUAAAUCGAAAAUCAGGAAGAUCAUCGUUCCCAUUGUUGUGUUCAUCCUCCUGAAGGCCAUCACUCUCAUCCCAAUGGCUCUUGGAAUCCUGGGCAUUAAGGCUUGGAAUGCACUCCAACUGUCCUUCUUCUCCUUCGUGAUCUCGACAGCUUUGGCUAUUUUCCAACUCUGCAAGAAGAUCACCACUGAUGGGUUCAUCCAUCCACAUCAGAUCGCUGCUCAUGGACCGUGGGACCACAGACGAUCUUACGAGGCUGCGAAUGCUGCUGAAGAGUCUCAGAAUCUCGCCUACAGCGCUUAUCUGUAGGGCUAAGAAUAGAAGAGCCAAAGAAGAAUGCUUAACUUAUUUAUUAUGAGGAGAAAUGUAUGAAUUGCAUAGAAAAAAAAUAAAGAAGAAAAUUUUAAUAAAUAUCUUGUCUUUUCACUUCCAAUUGAAUUGUGCUCAACAAUUGACUAAAGAUAAAAUAAAAAUAAAUAAAUCUUUGAAAAAAGUUCUUUGUCCUUUGCAUGAGAAAAGUUAAUAAUAAUGUUGAAAUUCCACCUCAAAAUAU